GUCAGAGGGGAUGAAGAUCGAGCAUUCCAACCUGGUUGUCUAGGUCAUUGUCGUUCACUGGUCAUUUAGGGAGGGUGGAUGUCUCCUUCCAUCGUUCAAAACCACGAGUCUUUCCAUGUUCUUCGCUUUCACCAUCUGGCUUGACCCUUGAGCACCAGCAGCCGGAUUCGACCCCUGUUUGGGCGGUGCCGGUAUAGACGUGCUCGGGACUGCAGAGCGCGGGCUGCUAUUCCCAUCAAUAGGGCUCUGACAAUGGGAAUUAAAGGACUUCAUGUUCUUCUCAAAUCAAUACAGAAACCAUGCCACCUGAAAGAUUAUAGCGGACAGACUCUGGGAGUCGAUGCCUAUGGAUGGUUGCAUCGUGGUACGGUCGCAUGCUCCGUGGACUUGGUUCUAGAUAGGCCCACGAGAAAGCACAUCGAUUUCGUUCUAAAUCGAGUCCGCAUGCUUAUCUACUUCGGAGUGACGCCAUACCUUGUAUUUGACGGAGAUAAUCUUCCGAGCAAAGCUGAGACCGAAGCCAAGCGCCAGAAAAGACGACAUGACAGCAAGUCACUUGGAAUGGAAUUGCUCCGAAAGGGCCGCACGAAAGAAGCAUACCAAGAACUGCAGAAGGCGGUCGACGUGACGCCUCUGAUGGCUCGUGAACUGAUUGAAGAACUGAAGCAAAUGAACGUCCAAUAUGUGGUGGCACCAUACGAGGCAGAUGCGCAGCUUGUCUACCUGGAGCAACAGGGGAUCAUCAAUGGGAUCAUCUCAGAAGACUCUGACUUGCUUGUGUUCGGUGCCAAACGCUUGCUUUCCAAACUCGAUCAACAUGGCGACUGCAUCGAAAUUGAUCGAGCAGAUUUCGGGGCUUGUCGGGAUGUCAGUUUGAUUGGAUGGUCGGAUGAUGAAUUUCGGCGUAUGUGCAUUCUCGCCGGCUGCGAUUAUCUGGCCAACAUUCCACGAAUGGGGCUGAAGACGGCCCAUCAGAGCAUACGAAAAUACAAAACCGUGGAGAAAGCCGUGCGCAUGCUUCAAUUCGACGGCCAAUAUCACGUUCCUAAUGACUAUCUUAAGAACUUCAAAGAGGCCGAGCUCACCUUCCUCUAUCAGCGAGUCUACUGCCCCAAGGCUGAAAAGCUGGUCACGCUUACGAUACCCGAAAGAGAUGUGAAUAUAGAAGAUCUGACCUACAUCGGCGGCGAUGUGGAACCUGAGGUUGCGGUGGGAGUCGCUCGGGGGGAUUUGGAUCCAGCAACCAAGAACCCAUUGGUAUUGAGGCCACCAGUUGCAGCGAAUUUCACCGAAAAACGACUCACGCAUACACUGCAACGUCGGCAGACACUCGGAUCAGCCGCUGAACUGAAGCCUAAUAAGGCUAUCAACUCCUUCUUUACCCCAAAACGAAUCCCGUUAGCUGAACUGGAUCCGAACAGCCUCACACCUUCACCAAGCCAGCAACGGCUCUUGGAACGCCAUGUUAACACUUCCUGGGAAAGUGUUCCUGUUUCAACCCACCCAGUGUUGACGAGAUCAGCCUCAUCUGCUGCGUCAAACAGAUAUUCUAGUCCCUUGGUGAGAAGUGUGGAUCGGGACUCUUUCGUUACCCACCCUUCCAAGGUGUCUGCUCUGCAAUCCUCUAAGCGACAGCGCCUCUGCUCUGAUGCAGAUGAUCGGCACCUGCCAGAUGCUCCUACUUGUCGCAGCCGAUUCUUUACGAACGGUACUGACGAGUCUAGCCCGAGCGGACUGAAGAUUGACCGAAAUAAAAAGCCUCGGAAACAUUCUUUGGACGUCUUUUCAGAUGAUUCCAUAGAGGAUAUGAUGUCUCAGAUUCCGGAUCCUGCCGAGACACCCGCAAAGGGUACGAGCGACAAGGACCACGAAGUUGAACAAAACCAAUCCUCAGACGAAGCAAAUGUGCUCGCGCAGUCCGCAAAAACUGAAUCAGACCAUGAUCUCUCUAAAGAUAUGAGAGAGAAGCAGGAGAAAGAAUGCAAUGGCUCUUCAAAGACAGUAAGCUUGGAAUCUAAUCCGGCUGAGUUCCAGCAAGUCCUCGAUUAUCACAUUGAGAAGCAGAAUUCCACACUCCUUUCGAGAUUCGCAUUUCAGCGGAAAAAUAGUAGCGCUCGCUUGGAGAAUUUUGGACAUGCAGAAACGAAUAUUCAGCCCAAUCAUACCGUGUGCUUCUCCGAAUCGCAGAUUGCCUUGAAAGCCGGGAGUCCGCGGACGCCUCCCAGACGAGGUCGGUCAACGCCCUUGCAACGACUGGGCCAAAGUGCUCUUGCUAGGUCUCGGUCUCUCAACCAUCUUUCGUCCUCUUUAGCCGCAUUUCGGGCAUCGAAGGUGUUGUUACCUCCAGCAAAGCCUGCUCCGGCUGAAGCUUGCAAGAGUAAUCUGAGCAGCACCCAGAGUCUGGUGCCGACUUGUCAUGGGAGUGAAGAUAUGAUCAUCCCCGAUAGUGAAGAGGAGGGAGGAGAAGAGGAUUCGGAACAGCCCGACUUUGAAGCAAUUCGAGGCUUGCAAGCGCCAUUCGCAAUCGAUCUGAAGCGGUUUUCCUUUACCGGUGGUCAAUAGAAAGACUUGGAAUGCUUGGGCAGGAUGAUCGGCGCUAAUGUCGUCAUCGUCAACAUAACAAUCAUCAUUGGCGGUGUUCUUUGGAGUAUUGUUCACCUUUUGACAUACAUAGCAGCGGGGUGCCUGGACGUAUAAAUAUCAAGAUCUACAUGUUGUCUUAUAAAUCGUGUAUACAUAGGCUGAGUUGCGGAG